AUCGCAGUGGGCUGUGUGACUAUUGUAUCGCUGGUUGGACUGCUCUUCUUGUUCCUUUACAGACGACAUCAGAGAAUCGAAAGCAGAAUGCAGGACAAAAUGAACAACAUCGCCAAGACGCUGUUUAAUAGGGGAGGCUCCAUUUACAGCGAAACAGUUCUGCGAGCAAUGCAGAAGUCGGCCAAACCAAUCGAUCGGGACAGCUUCACCAUGCUGGAGUGUAUCGGUUCGGGUCAAUUCGGCACAGUCAACAAGGGCGUAGUUUUCCGGGCGAAUCAAUCGUCAAUAUGCGCCAUUAAGGUUACCAAAAUGGAUUCUGGCGAUGACAUAUCGAAAGAAGCACAAAUCAUGCGCAGUAUCACGCAUGCCAAUGUGGUUCGAGCAUUUGGUCUGUGCUCGGACAGUGGCGAUUUGUUUCUCCUGCUGGAAUUCUGUGAUUUGGGUGACGCACAACACCACCUGCAGGGACUGUCACAUUUAAACACUCCGGUCCCUAUGCGAAUCAAAAUCAUGAUUCUCGAGCAGAUCGCCUCUGGUAUGAAGUACUUGGAUGAUAUGAAAAUAGUGCACCGCGAUAUAGCGGCUCGGAAUGUGUUGUUACAGGCACCCAACGCACACAACAG